GUAUAGGUGUGGAUGUAAUUGCAGAGAGUGAAGUAGACACAGAUAUCUUCAGUUCACUCUAUUGGCCGACCUGCGGAGGCUGUCUUUCAUGGCCUCCACUCCCUUUCCUCCGGCACUUGCAACUCCUUCUGUCCCUUUCUCUUUCUCCGAUCAUCGCAGGUUUAUUUACUGUCCAUCCGUACCAGGGCCGAAGAGAAUCAGCGGCCCCAAUCACUUCUUCCGCCCGUUCCGGCUUCCUUAUCGACUCCCCCAUGUUGCCAGCGAGCGUCAGGUCAAAGAUCCCGUCUCCGAAGAAGCUUUUCAUGAAGCUUUAAGCUCUUCUGUACAUGAUGCCUCUACAAUUACAUCAAGUAUCCUAUACCAUGCCGAGCUUACUCCCUCUUUUUCCGCUGGGAAUUUUCACCUGCACAAAGCUUACUUUGCAACGGCUGAGAGUGUUCGUGACAAGUUAAUCAAAAACUGGAAUGCAACUUAUAGUUACUAUGAAAGCUUAAACAUGAAACAAGCUUACUACUUGUCCAUGGAGUUCCUGCAGGGUAGAGCUCUCUUGAAUGCAAUUGGUAAUUUGGAGCUAACUGGCCAAUAUGCUGAGGCAUUGAGCAAGCUUGGGCACAAACUUGAGAAUGUUGCUACACAGGAACCAGAUGCUGCCUUGGGGAAUGGUGGGCUCGGACGUCUUGCGUCAUGUUUUUUGGAUUCUCUUGCUACCUUGAAUUAUCCGGCGUGGGGCUAUGGGCUUAGAUACAAGUAUGGUUUGUUCCAACAAACUAUUACAAAAGAUGGUCAAGAGGAGGUUGCUGAAAGUUGGCUUGAGAUGGGAAAUCCUUGGGAAAUUGUGAGACAUGAUGUCUCAUAUCCUGUGAGAUUCUAUGGAAAGGUAGUUUUAGGUUCUGAUGGAAGAAAACAUUGGAUUGGCGGAGAGAACAUAAAAGCAAUUGCCUAUGACAUUCCGAUACCUGGAUUUAAAACAAAAACCACUCUUAACCUUCGUCUAUGGUCAACAAAAGUUCCCGCAAAAAAAUUUGAUUUGGAAGCUUUUAUUGCUGGGAAACAUAACCAAGCAAAUGAAGCUCAUGCAAAUGCUGAGAAGAUUUGCUAUGUAUUAUAUCCUGGAGAUGAAUCAGAGGAGGGUAAAGUUCUUCGUUUAAAACAGCAGUACACCUUGUGCUCUGCUUCUCUGCAAAAUAUUAUUUCUUGUUUUGAGAGAAGAUCAGAAAAUUCAGUCAAUUGGGAGGAAUUUCCUACUAGUAAAAUAGCUAUUCAGAUGAAUGAUACUCAUCCUACGCUAAGCAUUCCUGAACUGAUGCGGAUACUAAUUGACUCGAAGGGCUUGAGUUGGAAGGAGGCUUGGAGCAUCACUCAGAGGACGGUGGCAUAUACAAACCACACAGUCCUUCCUGAAGCUUUAGAAAAGUGGAACUUGGAACUUAUGCAGAAGCUGCUCCCUCGACAUGUUGAGAUUAUGGAAGAAAUAGACCGUGAGCUAAUAAACAAAAUUAUUUCGGAAUUUGGCAUACAAGAUCUUUCAAUGGUGGAGCAAAAACUGAAGCAUAUGAGGAUUUUAGAAAAUGUUGAUUUUCCUGAUUCUGUUGUAGAGCUGUUUAGUAAAGCUAAAAGGACUACUGAAAUUAAAUCGAAAAACAAGCUCUUAAUCAAAUCUUUAGAGCCUUCUACAGAUGUAGCAACUGAAAAUGGAGUAACCAUAGAUGUGGCUGAAAAAGUAAGUGAUGUGACUAAAUCUGAAGGCCAACUGGAAGAUGAGGACAAUGAUUCUACCUCUGCAGAAUUAACUUGGUUAAAAUCCAAUCCUAAAUUGCCAAAGAUGGUACGAAUGGCCAAUUUGUGUGUUGUUGCUGGACAUGCAGUCAAUGGCGUAGCUGAAAUUCAUAGUGAAAUUGUGAAAAAAGAUGUUUUUAAUAGUUUUUACAGGCUUUGGCCUGAUAAGUUUCAGAAUAAAACAAAUGGGGUCACUCCAAGGCGCUGGAUCCGAUUCUGCAAUCCUGAAUUAAGUAAAAUAAUAACCAAGUGGAUUGGUACAGAAGACUGGAUCGUGAACACUGAGAAAUUGGAAAAACUUAAGAAGCAUGCUGAUAACGAGGAUUUGCACAAGGAAUGGAGGGCUGCAAAAACAAUCAACAAGAUGAAGGUUGUUUCAUUAGUCAGGGAGAAGACGGGUUAUAUUAUCAGCCCUGAUGCAAUGUUUGACAUACAGGUAAAGAGAAUCCAUGAGUAUAAACGCCAACUGUUAAACAUACUAGGAAUUAUUUAUCGGUACAAGAAGAUGAAAGAAAUGGAUGCUCAAGAAAGGAUUUCGAGCUUCAUUCCUAAGGUAUGCAUAUUCGGAGGUAAAGCGUUUGCAACAUAUGUUCAGGCAAAAAGGAUUGUGAAGCUCAUCACAGAUGUUGCGGCUACCAUAAAUCAUGACCCUGACAUUGGAGAUCUACUAAAGGUUGUAUUUAUUCCUGAUUACAACGUUAAUGAGAUCCUCAUUCCUGCUAGUGAGCUGUCCCAGCACAUCAGUACGGCUGGAAUGGAGGCCAGUGGAACCAGCAACAUGAAAUUUGCAAUGAAUGGUUGCGUACUGAUUGGAACUUUGGAUGGAGCCAAUGUUGAAAUAAGAGAAGAGGUUGGAGAAGAGAACUUUUUCCUUUUUGGUGCUCAAGCACAUGAAAUUGCAGAUUUAAGACAAGAAAGAGCUCAAGGAAAGUUUGUGGCAGACCCUCGAUUCGAGGAAGUGAAGAAAUAUGUUCGGAGUGGUGUAUUUGGGCCUUUCAACUAUGAUGGGCUGAUGAGAUCUUUGGAAGGUGACAAAGGAUACGGCCGUGCAGACUAUUUUCUUGUCGGGAAGGACUUCCCGGAUUACCUGAAAUGCAUGGAUGAGGUUGAUAAAGCUUAUAGAGAUCCAAAGAGGUGGACAAGGAUGUCAAUAUUAAAUACAGCAAGGUCUCACAAAUUCAGCAGCGAUCGGACAAUUCAUGAAUAUGCCAAAGACAUCUGGAGCAUACAGCCUGUAUUACUUCCGUAGGGAUCAAUAUUACCCAUAUUUCCUUAAAUAAUAUGUAGUGGGUGCCUUCCAUGCAGCAGAGAUUCCCUAAAGCUUUUGAUUAUAAUUGUAACCCACCUUGUGAUCUGCUGAAUUAGGCAUCUUUUGUAAUUUGUACAAUUGCAAGUCAAUUGAGGCUCCUAAGUUGAGCCGUUCAAAUGAAUGUAUCAAUAAAUUUGAUUUGCACUCAUACCAGGAUUACUCAUAAAUGCAGUUUUGUUUC